CCGCCGCCCAGCCCGCCCCUUCGAGCCGCCUUACUCCUCCCUAAGAUGGCGGCCGCGGCGCUGCUCCGGGGCGCGGCUCAGGGGCGCGGCAGCCGGGCCUGGCGCUGGCGGCUGCGUGCGACCCCGAAGCGCCGCCUCGCCCACGGUUCGAGCCGUCACGGCGGCGACCCCGCGGACGGAGCGGCCUGGGCCUGCUUCCCGCUGGGCGAGCGCACCCUGGUGCGCGUGCGCGGGCCAGACUCCGCGCCGUUCCUCCUGGGGCUGCUGACCAAUGAGCUGCCGCUUCCGGGUCCUGCGGACUGCGCUACCCUACCCCCGGCGCGGGCGGGCUACGCCCACUUUCUCAACAUUCAGGGCCGCACGCUAUACGACGUCAUUGUCUACCGGCUCCCAGAGCAUGAGCUCGCUGAACAGGCGCCCGCUUUCCUCCUGGAGUGUGACAGCACGGUGCUGGGCGCCCUGGAGACACACCUGGCACUGUACAGGAUCCGGCGGAAGGUCGUGGUGGAGCCGUGCCCUGAGCUGCGUGUGUGGGCUCUGCUGCCUGACUGCCCCGAGGAGGUCUGUGGGGCCGCGCCGUUGCGGGAGCGGACCGACAGAACCAGCGUCCUCACCCCCGACCCCCGGACCGCCCGCAUGGGCUGGCGGCUUCUCAUCCGGGAUGAGGGCCUGGUGCCGGUGUCCAGAGGCCGGCUCGGAGACCCCCGGGAUUAUCACAGACACCGGUACCAGCAAGGCGUUCCUGAGGGGGUCCGGGACCUGCCCCCAGGAGUGGCCCUGCCCCUGGAGUCCAACCUGGCUUUCAUGAAUGGUGUCAGCUUCAGUAAGGGCUGCUACAUAGGCCAGGAGCUGACCGCCCGCACCCACCACAUGGGCGUCAUCCGCAAACGCCUGUUCCCAGUGCAGCUGUUGGGGCCUGUCCCUGAGGAUGGCAUCGCUCUGGGCGCCCCAGUGCUCACCGAGUCGGGUCAGGCCGCCGGCAAGUACAGGGCUGGCCAGGGGGAUGUGGGCCUCGCCUUGCUGCGGGCAGAGAAGAUUAAGGGCCCUCUCCACAUCAGGACCUCCAACAGCGGCCAGGUGGCCCUGACUGUGUCUGUACCGGACUGGUGGCCCACAGUCGCCAAAUAGCCAGGAAGGACGUCCCUCUGCUCCUGCAGCCCUGGGGCUGCCAGGGUGCCCUGGAGGGCUCUGUCCAUCUGCUGCACUCUGCAGGCUGGCCUCCUAGCUCCCAGGGCUGCAGGUGUGGUUGGCUUGUGUUUCCCACCCACCGUGCUUCCCAAAGAGGGUCCCACGGGCAGCUGUGGCUGUCAUCCCUUGCUGCUCUGUGGCUGUGAGCUGCAGGAGUCCUCCUGGGGACCCAGGAGGAGGAGCCAGCCCUUCACGUGCCCCUGUGCCAAGGUGAGCUGCAGUUUCCCUCCGAUGGGGAAGGACAGGGUCCCAGCUGUGUGGGUUUGGAGGUGGUUCAUCUAUUGGCUGAGGACAGGACGGUCCAGAGCCUUGUCCCCAGGCUGCCUGCAUUCCUCUCCAUCUGGGGUUGGCUGAAAGGGCAGGUGGGCCCUGGGAACUGGUGUGCCAUGUGCUGGCUGUGGGACACCCUGUGAAUUUCACAUGGGGGCCCCACUUGUGCACCAAGGUUUCUGCUGCGCCCCUCCCCCUCCACCCCAGGAGCUGCCCUGGGGUGGGACAGCAGGGCUCUGACAAGGAGGAGCUUCUGCUUGGUUUACUUGCUGCUUUUCUGAGGCGUGGCUAUGUUUUAACAGUAAGAGAUUGACUUUCUUCUCUUCUUGAAACCACUGACUUGCACUGUCCCAUGCAAUGUGAAUCUCAUGGUUAGGGGUGUCCCGCGUGAUGCCCCGGAGUGGCUAUUAAAGUGUGACGCACAAGCA